AACAGUAUAGUUACAUUUAGUACCUAUUUCUGGAGCAUGUCAACAGAUGAGGCUGCUGCAAAUGCUGCAUCAGCGAAAGAUUUCCGAUUGGAUUAUUUGGGAGGCCUUACACAAUUGACUCUUCGAGUAUCAGAAGAAAAAUGGAUGAAAAUGCUUCAGGUAGAAGAAAACAAAAUACAGUUAACGACGCAUUUUCUUGACAAUGCAGACAGUGAAUGCAUUUUCGUUGCUGAGACCAGCAGUGGCGUGUUAUCUCUUUAUGAAUCUUCCAGCGAUCUUCCAUUCGUGGCUGGCAAACAGCAGAAAGCUGUGUACUUUCUGAAAUCACCCGGAACAAUAGCUACGGAAGAAAAUAUUAAAGAGAUAAUUACGUGUGGGGACUUAUCUUCCUCAACAGUUGAACAGUUACAAGCUUUUCUGGAUUACGCUGUCGUACCAAUCCUUUGCAACCCAUCUUGUCACGAAGGCUGGUCAAGAGAAUUAGCGGGUGAUUUAUUGAAUAGCGUUCGAAGCUUCCGAAGUCUUGUGGCACGUGGAGUUGCUGAAAGCAAAGGCCAUGUUAUCAUAUCUGUACCACCCAUCCAACCUUUUGAAUCUCACAUAUAUGCAUCAGGGAGUCACUCAUCUUCAGACGAAGCAAAAGAGACUUGGAUGCGAGAAACAGUCUCCAUUCUGGAAGGUAGUGUUCGCCAUUGGACAGAACAGAUUCAAGAAGUCUUAGAUAGAGGUCUCAACAAAAGUAAUCGCUACCCAUUACCCUCAGAUUACUACAAAUUUUAUUGCAGGAGAGGAAAAUCUCUUCGUUUCAUCCAACAACAGUUGAAGAGUGAAUCCCUGGAACUUGUUGGGGGCAUCCUUCAAGACAGAAACAGUACCUAUGCGGCCCAACUCAAUGAUCUCAUUAAGAAAGUUGAAGAUGAGGUUUGUGAAGCAGGAGAUAUACAAAAACAUCUGUUUCCCCUGCAUAGAAGGUGCAAAGAUUUGGAAGCCAAAGACUUGCCUCGACUGCGACGCCAUCUUGUAGAUGGCCUACUUCGAAUGAUAAAAGAUGCUGUUGAUAAUUGCAAUUCUUUGAAAGAAUCUCACAACUCUGCUCUUGUUGCUAAACUCUAUGACAGUGUAUCACAUCUUUUGGUUCGAAUGAGUCAGCAGUUUUUGGACGGAGCAACGAUGUUCCGAGGAGAAUUAGAUGAUUCUGAACAACGUUUGGAUCUCGUUCUAAAUGUUAUGGGUUAUUUCAGAGCUUCCAGAUCAUGUGACACUAUUCUAGAUCGACAGGACAGGCUGGAACUUUUUAUUAAGCGAUUGCAAUCUAUUAAGGUAGUUUUUGAGACAUCGUCAGCUUUCCUCAGAUUAGCUAAGCUUGAAGUGGGUGGGAUCCAGGGUCACGUGACCACGAAACAAGUCAAGCAGAUUUAUGCCGAAUUUCAAGAAGAACUCGUGGUUUUCGACAAAUGCCCUUACGACAUCUUGGAGCCUGAUACUCAAGAGUUUGAAUCCGACAUAGAUCACUUUCAUAAGAGAAUACAAGAAUUAGACGGUAGGCUUGGAUCUGUGAUUAAAGGCUGCAUUCUUGGUUGUUCAAGCACCGAGGAAAUGUGUAAGGUGCUUCAGGUAUGCGAGUUUCUACUGAUGCGGACAUUCAUAGGAUCUGUCGCCUUAGGUCUAUGCGAGAAACACAUAAUGGAUGCGGCAAAUCAAGAGAUGGAUAUGCUACUUCAAAAAUUUUUCAAUGAGUUGGGAGAGUCUGCAUCGCCCAAUCUUCAAGUGUAUUUGGGAAUGCCAUCUGUAUCAAGAAUCGUUCAGUGGAUUACGGAUUUGAAACAGCAGCUAUGCUCUGUAAUUAACUCAGUAAAUAGAGUUUGUCACUUAUUCAUUGGGAGGAAAUAUGUAGAAGCCAUAAAAAUCAAAAACCAAAAGCUUGUUGACAAAUUUACCGAAUAUUCAGAACAGAAGUUUGAAGAAUGGUCUGCGAACAUACCUCAGUUACUCCAGGAGAAACUUCAUCAGCCAUUGAUUUCUCGAGAAAAGGAAGAAAUUGAUGUCAAUUUUGACGUACAGUUGGAGUUAGUUAUAAAAGAAGUGAAACACCUCUUGCGACUGAAGGAUGAAAGUUACAUUCCCCAAGAAGCAUUGACUUUUUACCACAAACGCGACACAUUAGCCGAACAGAAAGUAGUUCUGAAAUCAGUAGUGGAUCGUUACAAUGAAUUAAAAAAAGAUCUUUUGGAAGUGGAGCAACCAUUAAUGCUGCCCAUGUUACGAAAGAUGGAUAAAACGUUAGAAGCUGGAGAAACAUCCAUCAUAUGGAGCGGAUCUGGGGUAUCCGAGUAUUUGAAGGAAAUUGAUGCAACAUCUGAGGACAUUCAUCUGCAGAUACAAACAGCUAAAAAGAAUCUACGUGAAAUACAAAACAUUUGUUUUACGUGGAGCAGCGACGAACCUUUACUCUCUGAAAAUAUAUUACCACUGGAUUUGUCCACUUUGAAAACAGCUGGAUCACUGGUAGAACAAAAACUUUACUCGAAACUAACCGAUGAUGGGCACCGUGUCAAUUCGUUACUUGAACAAAACAGAGAUCUGUUCAAAAUCAGCUGUGAUCAAGAGAAAGCCUGGGAUGCUUAUGUUAUUUUUGUUGAUAACAUGGUGAGAGAAAAUCUGUUCUACUUGGUCAAAGGAAAUCUAUUCUUUCUCUUGCAAAACACAGAAUCGGAUGGUCAGACAAUAUUUCUGAUCCAUGUCCAUCUCCACUCCAACUCUCAACUGGGGUUCAAACCGCCAUUAGACGGCCCGAAGGAGAAAACUAUGCAAGGUUUGGUGGAAGGGAUGGUAGAAAGUCUCUUCAAUGUGACAAAGCUUGUCCCGAGAAUCGAUAAAACUCAUGAUUGUAAAGAAUACUUGACUGAGCUGGAGAGUUUGCAGGAUCUUCAAGAUAUUCGAGAUGAACUGAAAGAGAGGUUGUCAGCAUCUACUCGAGAUGCCGAAGAAGUCCUUCUAGAUGUCCAUUCUUAUUCAUACCUAUGGAAGGAAGAACCAGAAUCUGCUAUCAAAUCUCUCACUUCCAACCCUGAAGAUGCACUCAAUAACGCAUCACAGGUUAUCGAGCAGAUUCGAAACUGUGAUGCUCUGAGUACGCAAAUUAAGGAGAACAUCAAACCUUAUCGAAUGGUGAGAGAAUGGCUCAGAGUGGACCAAACCAGUUUUAAGGAAUAUCUUUUGACUUCCGUCAAUAACUGGCGUAAUCGUUUCCAAGAGCUUGUUUUAGAGAGUGUUUACAGCUGUCUUAUGGAUUUGGACAGAUUCUGUACUCUAACUGAAGAGGAAUUAAGAAAUGAGUCUAAACUCUCCACAACAACUGAUCAAAUGGAUGCCACCUCCCUGCUGAAGAUCAUUACUCGCAUUCAAGCUGUUCAGGACAGAAAAACCACUACUGAUGAUAUGUUUGGAUCAUUGAGCUCUGUCGUUAGAUUCUUGAAAACGGAAUGCAACAUUAGUUUAGACGUUAACAUUCAAGCUCUUCAACAGAAUCUUCCUGAACGCUGGAAGCAAGCAAAGAAAUUAUCCGAAACCUGGCGUCAACAGAUUGCAACUCCCAUGGCAAAAGAGGCAUCGACUGUACGAGUUCAAGUUGCCGCCUUCAGCACUCGACAAAUACAAUUUCGCGAAGAGUUUCGGAAGUCUCCAGCCUUUUGUCGGGACUGUCCAUUUCCUGUGGAAAGCAUGCUUCAGAAGCUGGAAGACAACAUUCGAGUUCUACAGACAGAAGUUGUUGAGUUAACGAAGUCUGGAAAAUUAUUUGAGGUACAUGUACCGGAGUUCAGCCAGCUGAAGCAGUGCGAAAAUGAAUUGGCGUUGCUCCGUGAACUCUGGAAGUAUAUAGGGGAUGUGAAGAAGCAACUGACUGAGUGGGAAAACACUCCUUGGACGAGAGUAGAUUUAGACGCAUUGGAGAUGCAGUGUAAAGUGUACAUGAGGGACAUUAAACUAAUGGACAAGGAAAUGAGAUCUUGGGAUAAUUUCAUUUGGCUCCAAGAGACCAUAAAGAAUAUUCUUGUGGCCCUUGGUGCUAUUCAUCAACUAAGAAAUCCGGCCAUUAAAGAGCGUCACUGGACGAGACUUUCUGCAGCAACUCAGGUUUCAUUGUCAGUCACUGAUCUGACACCGUUAGGAGAAUUGCUUUCUCUGGAACUCCACCGUUUCGAAGAAGUAGUGGAAGGAAUAGUUGAGAGGGCAUCCAAAGAGUUGGCUACUGAAAGAAUCCUAGCAGAACUCGAGAGCACAUGGUCGGAGAUCGUUUUCGAACGCUCAACUCAGCAGAGGACGGGACACCAUGUUCUUCACAUUUCAGAUGUUCUUAUUGCAACACUCGAAGACAAUCAGGUUCAACUCCAGAAUUUAAUGACAUCAAAGCAUGUGGCCCAUUUUCUCGAUAACAUAACUGAGUGGGUUAAGAAAUUGUCUCAAGUAGAAUCAGUGACUGGUAUUUGGGUAGAUGUCCAGAGAGCGUGGUCACAAAUGGAGAGUAUUUUCAUGGGAUCUGAAGACAUCCGAGAACAACUGCCAGAAGACUGUGAGAGGUUUAAGUUAAUUGAUGCUUCCUUCAAACGAUUGGUUGAUAUUCUCAGUGCUGAAACUGAAACAGUAGUAUCGGUAUCUGCUCGCCCUGAAGUUCACAAUGAUUUGGCUCAUUUGCAAACAGAGUUAGCUCUUUGCGAAAAAGCGCUGGCGUCUUACUUAGAAACAAAAAGGAGAGUGUUCCCGAGAUUUUACUUUGUGUCAUCCGCUGAUUUACUCGACAUUUUAUCCAAUGGAACUCGACCACGCACAAUCAUUCGUCAUCUUCCGAAACUGUUUGAUUCGGUGUCACAACUGGUGUUCGAAAGUGACGCAGACGAAAAAGCCAUAGCUGUGAUCAGCCGGGAUGGGGAGCACUUGAAACUGAAGGAGCCCUGCUUGUGUACUGGAGCGGUUGAGACUUGGUUAGAUCGUCUGUUGAAUUGUAUACGUUCCACUCUGAAAGAAGACCUGUCCUUAGCCAUAUCUUCCUACGAAGAUGGCGGUAGAGAGUCGUGGAUUUUUGAAAACAUUGCUCAAGUGGCACUAACAGGCACACAAAUUUGGUGGACAGCGGAAGUUAGCGCUGCUCUUCAACGAGUGCGACAAGGACAUGAAACAGCCUUGAAGCAAUACAAUAAGAAACAAAUGCAACAAUUGCACCAAUUGAUAGAUCUGCUAUUAACAGAUCUUAAUCGAGAAUCUCGCCAAAAAGUGAUGACAAUAUGCACGAUGGACGUUCACGCCAGAGAUGUUGUAUCUCGCCUUAUUUCCCUCAGAGUGGAAAACGAGACGGAUUUCGCCUGGCAAUCACAGCUUCGACACAGAUGGGAAGAAGACUGCACGGUGCACAUCUGUGAUGCCAGAUUCGAUUACUGCCACGAAUAUUUAGGAAAUACUCCUCGUUUGGUUGUUACUCCUUUGACAGACAGAUGUUUCAUCACUUUGACACAAUCUCUAAAACUCAUGAUGGGUGGUGCUCCAACUGGUCCUGCUGGAACAGGCAAAACAGAGACUGUCAAGGACUUGGGCAGAGCUCUAGGUACUCUGGUGUAUGUAUUCAACUGCUCGGAGCAAAUGGACUACAGGUCGUGUGCCAAUAUUUACAAAGGUCUCGCUCAAACAGGAGCUUGGGGUUGUUUUGAUGAAUUCAAUCGUAUAUCGGUUGAAGUACUCUCCGUUGUCGCAGUGCAAGUGAAAUGUGUGCAAGAUGCCCUUCGAGGUAAAAAGCCCACUCUUUGUCUACUGGGAGACGAAAUUCCACUGAAACCAUCUUUAGGUAUAUUUAUCACCAUGAAUCCCGGUUAUGCAGGCAGAACAGAAUUACCAGAAAAUCUGAAAACCCUCUUCAGGCCUUGUGCAAUGGUUGCACCGGACAGCCAAUUGAUAUGUGAAAUUAUGCUGGUCGCCGAGGGUUUUGUGGAAGCGAGGAGCCUGGGACAGAAGUUCACUACAUUGUACUCAUUGUGCAAGCAGCUCCUUAGUAAGCAGGAUCAUUACGACUGGGGCCUAAGGGCUAUAAAAUCUGUAUUGGUAGUUGCGGGAUCUUUGAAACGAUCAUCUCCAGCGACACCGGAAGAGCACAUAUUAAUGCUGGCUUUAAGAGAUUUUAACCUUCCAAAAAUUGUGAGCGAAGAUGUUGGUGUAUUUAUGGGUCUAAUAGGUGAUCUCUUUCCUGCUCUUGACAUACCGAGAAGGAAGAAUCCUGUUUUGGAGAAAGCGGUGAAAGAAGCUAUUGCCGACCUCAAACUUCAACAGGAGGAUAACUUUGUUUUGAAGGUGUUACAAUUAUCUGACUUAUUAGAAGUUAGACAUUCUGUCUUUGUCAUCGGGGCAGCUGGUUCAGGAAAAAGUAGCGUCCUCAAGACGCUGUUUACUGUGUAUAAGAAUCGAGGCGAAAAACCAAUAGCCUUGGAUCUAAACCCAAAAGCAGUCACCAAUGAUGAAUUAUUUGGUUCCGUUAAUCCAGCUACAAGGGAAUGGAAAGAUGGUUUGUUGUCAUCUCUUGUGAGAGACUUGGUCAAUGCCUCGACAGAGGGUCCGAGAUGGUUAAUUUUAGACGGAGACAUCGAUCCUAUGUGGAUUGAAUCACUGAAUAGUGUCAUGGAUGAUAAUAGGGUUUUAACUUUAGCAAGUCGAGAACGGAUAUCCUUGACCCCGCAUAUGCGUCUUUUGUUCGAAGUGUCAUCUUUGGAACAGGCUACACCGGCCACUGUGUCACGGGGAGGAGUGCUCUACCUUGACUCAUCAGACGUUGGUUGGAAUCCGUUCGUGGUAAGCUGGAUCGAACGAAGAUCGAUACAGUCGGAAAAAGCAAAUUUGAUUAUAUUUUUCGAUAAAUAUGUGCCUCCGUGCCUUGAAGCAAUGAACAAAAGAUUUCAAACUAUCUUGCCCAUUUCUGAUAUUUGCUACGUACAAACCUUGUGUUGUCUUUUGGAGUGCUUCUUAACACCAGAGAAUACACCACCCGAUUCUCCGAAUGAACUCUAUGAGUUAUACUUUGUGUUUUGUUGUGUUUGGGCUUUUGGAUCAGCCUUAAAACAAUCGACCACUAUUGACAGCAGACUGGAUUUUUCUAACUGGUUUCUUGGGGAAUUCAAAUCCGUUAAGUUUCCAAUAUCGGGCAUUCAGGGUCCUCCACAGGGUGGCGGAGAGGCUCCCACUGUCUUUGACUACUACAUUGACACCAAAAGAUUCUAUCCUUGGACAAGAAAAUUGCAAAAAUACCAGCCUUCUCUAGACGUUUCAUUACAGAAUACGUUAGUUCCAACUAAAGAAACUCAUCGAAUUAAUUAUAUGAUGGAUCUACUUAUUGCCAGAGGCCAUCCAGUAAUGUUGGUGGGAGCAAGCGGAUCUGGUAAAACGUCAGUCGUUAAGUCCACACUCGACGCCUUGGAUCAGGAAUCCACUUUUCUGGUUGUGAAUGUCCCAUUCAACUUUUAUACCUCGUCAGCAACCGUUCAACGAGCCAUGGAACUCCAUUUAGAGAAGAAAGUGGGCAAGAAUUUCGGACCUCCUGGGCAGAAGAAGCUAAUUUACUUCAUUGAUGAUUUUAAUAUACCCGAGGUAGACAAAUAUGGUACUUGCCAAGCACAUACAAUUAUACAACAGCAUCUAAAUUAUGGACAUUGGUAUGACCGUAACAAGUUGAGCAUAAAGGAUGUCACCAAUUGUCAGUAUGUUGUAUCUAUGUGCCCCACGGCAGGCAACUGUACAAUUCAUUCGCGCUUACAACGCCAUUUUUGUGUUCUCUCUGUCCCUCCCACCACAGCAGAUACCAUACAAACUAUCUUCGGUCAGCAACUUCGAGAACAUCUGAGAAGGAUCUGCCCAGCUGGAGAGGCCCAAGAGGAUACGGAAGAACUCAAAACGUCUUUCCAGCAACAGAUUGUACGGCUUGCCAUAGCUCUGCACAAGCGUAUGAAUUCAUCCUUCCACCCGACAGCCUUCAAAUUCCAUUACCUCUUCAAUCUUCGAGAUAUCUCUAAUGUUUUCAGGGGUCUUAUGUUGAGCUCAAGUGAAAGCUUGGUGAAAAGCGAAGAUCUUUUUCAAUUGUGGUUACACGAAUCCCAAAGAGUGUAUCGAGAUAAACUGCUUGAUCAAGAUGAUCUAGAGAAGUUUGAUAAAAUUCUAGCUGAAGUUCUUAGACAACAUGCUGAAAUGGAUGAUCAGAGUGCACUAGUGAGGGUAUCCAACAUUCCUAUUCAUUGUCAUUUUGCUCAAGGCAUUGGCACAUCCUGCUAUCAACCUGUGCCGGAUAUGAAACAGCUUGUCCGGCUCCUACAUGAUGCCCUGGAUGCAUAUAAUGACAUAUGUGCACCCAUGGAUUUGGUAUUCUUCGAAGAUGCUAUACGUCAUAUCUGCCGAAUAACGAGAAUUCUAGAAUCUGGUGGUAAUGCCCUGCUGAUUGGUGUUGGGGGUAGCGGACGACAAUCAUCUGCCUCUUUGGCUGCAUACAUCUGCAAUUUGCAUCUUUAUCAACCCACUUUGCACUCUGAUUAUGAUAUACAAGACUUUAAAGCUGAUAUAGCAAGCUUAUAUUUGAGAGCUGGUGUGAAAAACAUCGGAUGUCUUUUCAUGGUGAGUGAUGCUCAAAUAGCUGAUGAACGUUUCCUGGUCCUCAUUAACGAUCUCCUUUCUUCGGGAGACAUACCCGAUCUCUUUCCGGAAGCAGAAGUUGAAAACAUCGUAUCUGCUUUGAGGUCCGAAGUAAAAUCAGCCGGCAUAUUCGAUUCGCGGGAAAACUGCUGGAACUACUUCAUCAACAAAGUAAAGCGAAAAUUAAAAGUAGUGCUGUGUUUUUCUCCAGCGGGUUCGAUGUUGAGAUCUCGCAGUAGAAAAUUCCCGACUUUGACAAGCUGUACUUGCAUAGAUUGGUUUCACCCCUGGCCCAAAGACGCCCUCGUGACAGUCUGUAAUAAAUUCCUCGAAGAUAUACCAGUGCUACAGCCUGAACUUAGAUGCUCAGUUGCAGACUUCGUAGCCUUCACUUACCGAUCGGUGAAUGAGGUGAGCAAAGCAUAUUUACGGAAGGAACGUCGUUCUGUAGAGACUACUCCCAAAAGUUUCCUACAGCAUGUCAAGACGUACAAGAUCCUGAUGCAGAAAAGGCAUAGUUUUCUCAAAGAUAACAUUGAAAGGCUAGAAGUAGGACUUCAGAAGCUUGUGGACACUAGUAAGCAGGUUGAUGUUCUGAAGACACAGCUUGCAGAACAGGAGAUAGAAUUGCAACAAAGAAGUGAGGACAUCGAUGCUCUUCUGGAAACCGUUGGUCAAGAAACGGAGAUAGCUUCUCGUGAAAAAAAUGUUGCAGCUGCAGAAGAAAUCAAAGUAACGAGAAUUCACGAAGAGGUCUCAAAACGCCAAAAGGAAUGUGAAGAAGAUUUAGCAAAGGCAGAACCCGCUCUUGUAGCUGCUCAAGAAGCUCUUAACACACUAAACAAGAGCAAUUUGACUGAACUUAGAAGUUUCGGAUCGCCCCCUGUAGCAGUAAGAAAUGUAACUUCAGCUGUGAUGGUGCUUUUAGCAACAGAUGGCAAAAUUCCAAAGGAUCUUUCGUGGAGAGCUGCCAAGCUUACUAUGAGUAAGGUGGAUAAUUUCCUAGAUUCCUUGAUUAAUUUUGACAAGAACAACAUCCAUGAGAAUAGCUUGAAGGCAGUCCAAACAUACCUCAAGAGUCCAGAAUUCAAGCCGGAAGUGGUCGUUGGCAAAUCUCAAGCUGCUGCAGGAUUGUGUUCAUGGGUCAUCAACGUUCUCAAAUAUUAUGAAGUAUAUUGUGAUGUAGAUCCAAAGCGUAAAGCAUUGGCUGAAACUAAUGCCGAAUACAACGUUGCGAAAGAAAAAUUGGCUCGGAUCCAAGAAAAAGUCACGGAAGCUGAAAUUCGUCUGGCAGAGUUGCAAACUAGGUGUGAAACUGCCAGAGAAGCAAAAGCUAAGUGUGAAGCGGAGGCUGAAAAAACUAACUUUAGCAUCCACUUAGCUAACCGACUUCUGGGAGGAUUAGCAUCUGAGAGACAGCGAUGGUCAGAAUUAGCAGCCGAUUUCAGACGCCUUGACAGCACUCUACCGGGAGAUGUACUUCUGUCAUCUGCUUUUGUGGCAUAUUUAGGUCCUUUCACUAAACUGUAUAGAUUACAACUUAUACAUGAGUACUGGACUCCCUUUUUAAAUGAAAAUAAACUACCAGUUGGUUUGGAUUGCAUAGAUAGAGCUGGGACAGAAAGCCCAAUCAUAGCUUUGUUACUAGAAGACGAGACUGUUGUUGGAAGAUGGCGAAAUUUAGGCUUACCUGGCGACAAAACUUCAGUGGAGAACGCAGUUCUCUUUAAUUCAUGUUUCUUGCUGUGGCGUUGGCCUCUCAUCAUUGAUCCACAAAUCAGAGCAAUUCCCUGGAUAAAAACCAUUUUUGGAAAUAAACUUUUAAUUGUAAGAACGGAUCAAAAAGGGUACUUAGAUAUAAUAGAAGAAGCUGUCACAUCUGGUAAAGCUGUUCUAGUGGAAAAUCUUUCUGAGAAAAUAGAUCCACUUUUAUUUCCACUAAUAUUCUGCAAUUUUGUGAAAAAAGGAAAAGCAAUUAAAUUAGGAACGAAAGAAAUCCCUUUUAAUCCAGAUUUCCAGCUCAUUCUUCACACGAAAUUGAACAAUCCACGAUAUGGACCAGAAAUUCAGGCUCAGACAACCGUCAUCAAUUUCGGUGUAACAGCUGAAGGGCUGGCUGAUCAACUACUGGCGGAAGUUGUUUCUAAAGAAAGACCUGAUCUCGAAGAAUCAAAGGCAAGAUUGACUAAAGAACAAAGUGAAUUCGCCACCACCUUGAAAAGUCUGGAGGAAAGUCUUCUCUCGCGAUUAUCUCAAGCAGAAGGUAAUCUGGUCGGAGAUGUAUCUCUGGUUGAAAGUCUGGAAUCCACUAAAGCGACGGCUGCUGAAAUAAAAGCAAAAGCCACGGAAGGCAGUUUGACUGAGGCUUCCAUUAAUGAGGCAAGGGAAAUGUACAGAGAUGUUGCCAUUCGUGCUUCUCUAGUAUAUUUCGUUAUCCAAGACCUUGCCACACUCAGUCCCAUGUACCUUUUCUCAUUAAAAUCCAUCAAAGAAGUAUUUCAUAAGGCCAUAGAUAAAUGCGCCCACACAGAAGCUGUAGCUGCGAGAGUGAGACUUCUCGUUCAAGAUGUCACAUUAUCUAUUUUCCGGUAUGUCAGCAGAGGUUUGUUUGAAAACCAUAAGAUUGUACUGGCCACCCACUUAACGUUCCAGAUUCUUCAGAUGAAAAAUCAGAUUCCAGCAGAAGCAGCCGAAUUUCUCCUUCAUCAAAAUAUUGAGGAUUCGACUCUAGAAAGUCCGGUUGAGUUUAUGAGUAAUCAGUCAUGGGCAGCAAUAAGAGCGUUAGCUUCAUUAGACGAAUUCCAAGGACUCGAUCGUGAUAUGGAAGCCUCACCAAAGCGUUGGAGAAAAUUUUUGGAUUCUGAGUUUCCAGAAAGAGAAGCGCUUCCCCAAGAAUGGAAAAAUAGAUUUACAAACUUUCACAAGUUGUGCAUUCUUAAGUGUCUCAGACCGGAUAGAGUCAUAUACGCAAUCAGGGACUUUGUGGCUGAAAUUCUUGGCCCAGAAUUUGUCGAUAGCCGAAGCAACGAUUUAGAGGAAAUCUUGGAUGAAUGCAAUGCCAAAACUCCUAUACUCUUCAUUCUGAGUCCUGGUGUAGAUCCACUUCAUGAUCUUGAAGCUUGUGGCAUCAGACGUGGUUUCUCGUCAGAUCUCAAGAACUUCCAGAACGUUUCCCUUGGUCAGGGCCAAGAAACAGUGGCGGAACAGACUUUGACAGAUGGACUGAGCAACGGCCAUUGGGUUGUACUUCAGAAUAUUCAUUUAGCGAAAGCCUGGCUUCUUUGCUUGGAGAAGAAAUUCGAAGAGAUAAAUGAAUGUGAGGUCCACUCAGAAUUCAGACUCUUCCUGAGCGCAAAUCCCCUUGAAGAAGAAGAACAUUCGGAUUUCAUGCCACCCGGUGUGCUGGAAGCAUGCUUGAAAAUCACAAAUGAACCCCCAAAAGGAAUGCAAGCUAAUCUUCAUAAAGCAUUAGAUAAUUUUUCUCAGGAAACAUUCGAUUCCAGUGCUCGAGAGAGCGAUUUCAAGAACUUACUGUUCACUCUGUGUUAUUUCCACGCUGUCCUUACAGAAAGAAGGAAGUUCGGAUCUCAAGGCUGGAACUAUCCUUACCCUUUCAACGAUAGCGAUCUCCUUAUAAGCGCAAAUGUUCUUCAUAAUCAUCUGGAUAGUGAGGGAGGUCGGACGUCGCACAUUCCAUGGGAUGAUCUUAGAUUUUUGUUUGGCGAAAUUAUGUAUGGUGGACACAUCACUGACGACAAGGAUCGUAAAGUCUGUGCUGCUUAUUUAAACAGAUACUUCAAUAACGAACAGUUAGAACCUGAUUACCCUCUUUGCCCAGGGUUUGGUAUGCCUCCUAUACUUGACUACGAAGGAUACCAUCACUAUGUGACUGAAAAUCUACCCGCAGAGAGUCCUAUCAUGUACGGUCUGCAUCCUAAUGCAGAAAUCGGAUGCUUGACAGAUGCGUCAAAUUCUUUGCUGAGGGCUCUGCAUUUUCUGGAACCAUCAACUGCUGAGACUCACGACACAAUGCUUCUCCUCCAACCUGACGAAAUGACUGCUGUUUCUGCUGCUCCUAAUGAAGAGAAGAUUCGACAAAUAUCGGAAGAUAUUUUGGACAAAAUACCGAAGGAGUUUCCUUUAUCCGAUCUUUAUGGGAAAACUUCUGAAGAAAGUGUCAUAGCACCUUUCACUGCUGUUGCACUUCAGGAAUGCGAACGCAUGAACGUUCUUUUGCUGGAGCUGAGCACUUCUCUCAGUGAUCUUGAAAAAGGUUUGAAGGGUGAACUUCCUUGGAGUGACGAUAUGGAUGAACUAGGUGAGUCACUUGCCGCUGAUGCUGUACCUCAGGCAUGGGCAGUCAAAGCUUAUCCCUCAUUGUUACCAUUGGGAUCCUGGUUCUCUGAUUUACUGCUGAGGCAUAGAGCAUUAAGUACCUGGAUGAAAGCUGACUUCACUCUUCCUCCAACUGUCUGGCUGGGUGGACUCUUCAGCCCACAGUCAUUCUUGACAGCAGUCAUACAGACAUCGGGAAGGAAACAUGACCUACCUUUGGAUAAGUUAUCGAUUCAAUGCGAGGUCACCAAGAAAACGCCAGAAGAGUUUGUUUUAACACCUAGAGAAGGGGCCAAUAUCUCCGGUCUUUACAUGGAGGGUGGCCGCUGGGAUUUUGCUACCGGUUGCAUUGUAGAUCCACUGUUGAAAAAUCUUCACCCACCGAUGCCAGUUAUUUGUCUGAAAGCAGUUCUUUCGGAUAAAGUUGACAUUCGGAAUGCUUAUGAAUGUCCUGUUUACAGAACACGACAGAGGGGCUCCACAUUUGUUUGGGAAUUUCCGCUUCGUACUCAAGAUCCUCCAGAUAAGUGGGUCAUUGCAGGAACUGCUCUUCUCUUGCAGAUAUAAACAUUGCAACUCAAAUCAUAAUCAUUCAUAGAUAGAUAUGAACGUUCGAACAUAAUUACAUAACAAGAAAUGUACAUUUAAACUUGUUACAUUUAAGGUAAUUAAGUCACAAAAUUACAUUAACUGUUAAAUUUCUAAUUGAACCCAGUGAAAAUAUCUUUAAAUCUCUGAGGCUAUACUUUAUAACCCUUUGACGAUGAAUUUUUAUUGGAUUUUAUAUUUUAACACAAAUAUAAUUUCGAUAAUUUAACAAAUUUUUUUAAAACUACUAUUAGAUUGUUUUUAAUAACUAAAAAAUACCGAAAUAUAUUUUUGCUUGUAAUUAGAGCAUCGGAAAAAUAUAUAUAUAAAAGUGGCACCGGUAUCCCAUCAGGGUCAAAAGGGUUAAGAGAUUUCACAGAUAUCGUCUUGUUUUUGACUUGUUUAAGGAAAUAAGUCUUAGUUGUCCUGUCAUAUAAACAAACAUGGAUCAUACUGUAGUAUAUACAUACUCAUAAAAAUGUUGUUGCUAUCCUAUUUUAAGCAAUCGCUAAGAUACAUUGUUAUUUAUUAUGUUUGUGAUGCAUUAUUGUUUUUAGCACUUAUUUAGUGCAUGAAUAUGACAUUAUUCCGAUGUAAUUCUGUGUGAAAGAAAUAGAGUUCAGAGAAAGAAGAAGAAAAUAAGCGAAAGAAAAAUUCAUUUGAAUUGUUUGAGACUAACUUUUUGCUAACUUUCUUAUAAUUCUGUUUUUAUAACAUAGUAACACAUCAGCGAGAAAUGUACAAAAAGACGUGCACUAUGAAACUGUUUUAAUUAAAAAAAAUUUCAUUGAAUCAGAGUAAAUAGCUGUGAAACUGUAGUAAAUCCUAAACCACUCCAGCCAAAAUAUCUAU